AUGUAUAAUGCAAUUGAUGGGGUAGGAAGAGGGGGAAGUUAUUUGUAUGAGAGCGAUGGGGUGGUGAUGACAAGAGACCCAAAGCCAAGAUUGAUGUGGACUGCUGAAUUACGUCAACAAUUUGUUGAUGCUGUCACUAAGCUUGGUGGUCUUGAUAGUCAGGACUCUCUUUUAUUUUUUUUUGCUAGCAGUGGGUAUGUUCACCUUGCACGCCAAGUGUUUGAUGAUAUUACGCAUAAGGAUGUGCUUUCUUAUACUGCUUUGAUUGAUGGGUAUGCCCGGAACGCUCUGCCAAUUAGAGCUUUGAAACUUUUCCUGGAGAUGAGACGAGCACAAGUUAAGGUAGAUGAAGUGGUUCUUGUAGCAGCUCUUUCUCCUGCUGGAACGUUAAGAUGUGUUUGGUUUGGGAAGUAUCUUCAUGGUUUCUAUGUCAAGCCAGGGAGGGUUUCUAGGGAUGUUUACAUUGGUAGUGUUCUUGUUGAUAUGUAUGCUAAAUGUGGAUUUUAG